AUGACUCACCUCACUAAAGAAGAGCGCCGCAAGUACACAGAACAGUUUCUGAAUGUGGACAAGGACGGAAAUGGCUGGCUGGAUAUGUCAGAGUUGGGCAAAAUGCUUCUGUCUGAAGGUUUUGACAUACCCUUCUCAAAAUUAGAGAAUUUGUUCAAACAGAUGGACACUGAUGGUAAUGGACGUAUUACACUGGAUGAGUUCUUAGCCCAAAUGCCACAUGUCACCACUGAAACGGAGCGUCGACAGGCAAAUCUGACGUCCGCUUUUAAAGAGGUUGAUGAAGAUGGUGAUGGUUACAUAACCCCAAACGAAAUGAAAAAGGCCUUCAAGUUAACUGGGAUGAAUCUGUCACUGCAGGUCAUGCAACUGACUUCGAGUACUUCUCAAAGUGAAAAAAUUGAAAUGGCUGAAUUUCUAAAAAUAUUUAAAAAUUUAUUUUCAUACAAGUAAAUCCCACAGUGACUGAAAAUCCUGUAGACGAUGCAUGCUUUUGGGUUAAGAGUUGAAGGCUUCUCAAGAAUCGAUACUGAACUUUUUACCCAUCAUAAAAUGAAAUAACAGUGUAUGAUAUUUCUGUUGAAAAAUUAUUUUUUUGUUUUGAAAUUA